AUGGCCGCGGAGACUUACCUACAAGGCGUGGAGAUCUCAGCAAGCCAGUUUUUCGAGAUCUGGCGUCAUUACGACGCUGAUGGUGACUACAACCCCCCCUCCUUCUUCUCAACCUGUCCCACCUUGGCACCCAAGAGCGGGUGGAGAGGGGCUCCGAGGGCUCAGCUGGGCAGGGGAGACAGAGGCCCCCGGGGGGAAGAGGACUUUCCUCGCCACUCCUCUGCCGCGCGCAGGAAAACUUUGCCCCGCGCGCGUGCCAGAACUUUUGCCUGCGAGCUGCAACGACCGGGAAGCGUUUGCGAAGACUUAACUGCACCGUUCGUCUCUCUCUGUCUCCCUCCCUCUCUUUGUCUGUCUGUCUCUGGGUGCCUUGGGAGCGGACCCUCUUGGGACCAGGGUUCCUCGUUUUCCACUCUGGAGGCACCUCAAAAGUUCAAGCGCACCCACUCAAUAAAGAAUGCAUAGCCUUAGAAGUUACCUGGCGAUGUUGCUUUUCUUGGGGACACAGAGAGAUGAAAGUUCUGUAAACACGUUGAAAGGCACCGCUGUUUUUCAACGCGCAAAUGCCCCCCUUCCCCCACCUUUUCCAGCUGGUAAGGGAGAGUGAGCUAAACCUCCGCAGCUGUAACGAGCGAUGCUCUCCCUUUUCUUUGUGUUGCAGGCAAUGGGUACAUGGAUGGAAAGGAGCUGCAGUGUUUUAUCCAGGAAUUGCAGCAGGCGCGAAAGAAAGCGGGCUUGGUAGGUUAAGAUUUCUUUCCCCCGUUGCUUUAUCUCAUCUUCAUUAAAGUAGAGGAACUAUCCUCAGGUGAACUCCAGCAACGAGGCGGCACCCGUUCUGAGUGCAUACCUCUGGUGUAAAGUGCAGGUGAAUAUGACCUAGCGCUUAUCAAAGGAAAAGUGACUUUGGGAAAUCUGGGGGAGAUGGAAACUAGAUAAGAAAGUUUCUUGGAUCCUUCUAUAAGAGCAAACCAGGUGAUACUGGAGUUCUUAAAGUGAUGUACAAAAAUGUGCAAGGAAACGAUUGUUCUGUUACUUCCUCAGUUUUUCCCACCCCAGUGGUUAAGAAGAAAUUCAAAAUUAGCUGGAUGCGUUGUUAAUAUGUUGGCUGAAAUACAUUUCUGCCCCUUGGUGGCCAAUAAACAGAUCUGCAGAUUAGUUGUAAGUAGAACUAACUAGAUAUUAGAUAAUAGUUUGGUUUUAGGAUAGUGGACUAUUAGCACAAAGCAGGGUUAUCUGACUGUUGCAGGUGAUGAACAUGUUUACUGGGGAAAAUGGGGGUAAUUAAAAUGGUUAAAUUGAUUAAAUUGAUGUGUUAUUUGGCAUUAAAGGUAGGAGAUGUUUGGGAAUUUUAAGCAAAAAGUUUUUAAAUAAUGCAAAACAUAUUAACUGCUAUCCCUAUUUGAAAUAAGAAACUAUCUCUUAUCGGAAAAGGAAAUGGGAAAAUAGGCUUGCUGUUUGCUAUUAAUGAAUAUAUCAUUCAGAGAAGUAAGAAAAAUGAAGUAUUGAGAGUCAGGCUUAAGAUUAUGUGCCAAAUACAAUGAAAAUCCAAUUAAGAGAGCUCAGCUCUGAAAGAUAGUGUCCCUUGAAAUAAAGCUGAAGUUAUCCAGUGAUAUCUGACCAAGUCACACUUGGAAUAGACUGACUGAAAUCAAUGAAUUUAAGAUCAUUGAAGUCAACUGAUCAGUGUACUUCAAAUUUGAAAAUACACUUCAAGGAUGUGUAUUUGUAAAAUAUUUACACAGUUCCUGUAAGAUUAUUCCAAUAUUAAAAUACAUUUGAGCUGUCCUUUAAUGAUUGUGAGUUAACUGCAUAAGUGAAAGUUUGAGUCUAUCUACAAGUUUACAAUUUAUGUGCGUACAGUUGAGGCUGCCUACAAAAAUUGUAAUCAAGCAUUAUAAAAUACAUAUUUAUGAUUGCUAUCAAGGACCUGAAGAUGUGAUGCAAAAAUGGAUUUGUAAUAACUUCAAUUAUUUUUCAAAUGAAGUGAUGGCUGGUCCCUAUCAUAUACUUUUUUAUUUUUGAGAUUUCUGCACUGUUUUCACUUUUGGCUUUGCAAUAUGUGUCAUUGUCUUCAUUUCCAUAAGAGAAAAAUAGAUUCAUAAUUUAUUUUUCGAACCAAUCACUAUUAAAUCUACUCUCUGUUUAAUAAGUUCUUCAUUCAACUGAAAAGAUUGCAUUUUUUAUAAGGCAUUCGUCCCAUUUUCCCCCAGGUUUGAAAAUGGUGUCAGACUCCUAUUAACAAAUUCAAGUGCUCUCAAAGUGAUAUAUAAAAUCUCUGUAGCCACUUUCUUGUGUGCCACCCACAGUGUUAUAUGUACCAUUUUAUGCCUGCUUUGAAAGUGCUCAGGUGUUCUUGUUCAGUUUUCCAUUGACAUUGCUUCUGGACAAGACUAUUUCUGGAAUUUUCUGAAAAGAACAGCACCAGAAGUUCAGUUCUCUCAUUGGAUCAUUCUUAGCUUCUUGAUCCUUGAAGAUUUUCUCUUUUCCUGGACUAAUGCAUGCCAGACUAUUAGUGGUUUCAAAUCUAAGCUGAUUCUUGGAUUUGAAAGGCUUGUUUUGCAGAUAUUUCUUUAGUUCACACAUCUUGUUUCACUGGAUACUAUUUCAAGCAGCUUUUGAGUUUCGUGUCCCUUCUCAAAAGCGAUGUGUGGCAAAAUUAAUGUAUGUUCUAAGCAAUUUUUUUGGUUUUACCAUUCUUUUCAUACACACGCAACAAAAACUUCGAUUUUGCUUGCAUUUCAGAAAGCUAUUGUUCCUUUCCCUUAACAAUAGUACUUAAUGUAUUUUUUACAACUUCAAUUUAAAUCUUUUUCACCUUGCAUAUCAUGUCUAUAUUUCCAGUUUUUUGUUUGUUUGUUUAUUUAAAAAAGACUGCUUAAUUCUCUUUCCUCUCAAUAUUUAUGACUUGUAAUAUAUUUGUCUUAAUUAUGUUUCGGCAUAGACUUGGUGGGUAGGAUUAAUGGGUGAAAAUGAAUACUCCCCUGUAGGAUAUGCAGCGUAUAUUCUGUAAGUCUGCCAAAGUUGCCCCCCCCCCCCGCCCCGUGGAGAACUUCUUUCCUUCUGCAAUUCUUAACCCCUAAUAAAUUAAAGAAAAUAAGGCUUCUACAAUCCUAUGUAUGAUUGCUUGUGAGUAACUCUCAGAGUUUGGUGAGUCUUAAGUAUUUAUAACAGUCAUAGGACUGGACUGUAUGCAUAGUAAAGGAAGAUGUUUCAGAAGCUUCAAAAAUCUAUAUAGUUAAUCUUCCAUACUUCAAAUUUACCUCAUCAAUAAAUUCUGAAAAUGCAUUGCUUUGUGCAUCAUCUUGCUGCCCAGAAACAAUUCCCAAAGACAUCUGGGGAAGAUUUGGCUUGAGAUCUGCUUUCAGUUGUGCUUUAUGCCUGACUGACAAGUGCCCAGUACAAUGAAGUGUGAACACAGCUGCUUAGUAACAACUUGAUGCUUAAUCAUUAACUAGUUGUAGCUUGGGUAUAAUAAUCAUUAUGUUUUUCUUAAGCCCUGCUUGGGCAUUCAGAGAAUGUAUGGAGGAAUAAAGCAUGGAGUAUUGGGGUGGCGGCUCCUCAGGGGCUCCUUUUUAACCUCUCAACAUCGAACAGGAAGGCCUGAAGGAGUGGAUCUUCAUGCAUUCAACUGAACUCCCUUAGAAUCCUCCCUGAAAUCAUGGUUCUGAUUGCUUAGAGUCCCUAAUCUGGGAGGCAAUUCCAAGCAUGUUCAAAUGUACACAUGAAGAAUCUUUCCUUCAGACAUUUGGCCUCACUAUGUGGACGUCAGGGAGGAGAUGGAGAUGUUGGAGCUGACCCAAUGGCCUUUCUGGGCUUUAAUGCCUCUGUGGUAUAGGUGCCUGAACUCCAUGUGGAACACUCCAUUCCAGAGUGGUAGAGGUUCCCUUGCCGAGUUACCCACCGUGCUGUACUUGCUUGACUUUUCAGUACAAUGCAUGCAAGGAUACAAACACACCUUUCUUAUGGGAGUGGGACACACACAUUAAAAACUCAAACUGCUCACCACAGAAUUGGGAAAUAGACCAUAACGAAGUGUGCAUUGUUCAGGGAUCUAUUAUUCAUGGCGAAUAAGAUCUAAGAAAAUAUUUCAGCGGCGCCUGUAGAUGCCUUCCAUAGUUGUGCUAAUUUUAUACCUGCCAGUAGCAAUCUUUUUCACUUCAGUAUCUUUGAGAAUACAGCGUUAUUUGUUUUCACUGCACAUUUGAAAUAACUAGUGUGGAUUUCUGGUAGGGAAAUGGAAGUGAAUUCAGUGGGGCAGGGCACCUAGCAGCCUGGUCCUAUGCAAGUUUCUCAAGAGGAAGUGCCCCUGAUUUCAGUGGGACUGACUUCCAAAAAAAGCAUCCUUAGGCUCUGAGUCCAAAGGCUGCAGUCUCACGCACAGUUGCUUGUGAAGAGGUCCCUGUGAAUUUAGGGGGACUCACUUUUGAGUCCAUACACAGCCUCAGACUAUACAGACAUUGGCACUCAGCUGACAAUGAACCACUGUUUCAUUUUUGUGAUUCAUCUUAGAUAUGUGAUUCAUCUCACAGCCAGGUAGUGGAACUGCGGAAGGGAGGUUUUUGUUUAUUAAACUGAAGAAAACACUGAUGAUGAUGAUUAUUAACAAACUCCUUUUGAAUGAAAUUUGCAGUGAUGAUGAGAGACAGUGUAUGCUACUGUGAGUGUCCACAAUUUGAUCAAUGUUAACAGUGACAAGUGAAUGUGGACAAGCCCAGACAAAUUUCAUAAACGUCAAAAGACGCAGAGAUACAUCUGUCAGAGUUGACAGUCGGUUCAAUGUGAUUGUCAACAUUCACUGCUAUAUGUUCAUAAAAUGGCAUUCUACAUACAUUUAUUAAAUUUGUCUGAGAUGGUCAGAAUUCAUGCGUGAAUGUAAAACCAGGUCAAAUUUUGGACAUUGACUGUAACAUAAAAUGAAUUAUACUGAGGUGGUUUUAUGAAUUAAGAAACUUAAUGCUCUAGAAGCUUAAUAGUUUUUAUAUAUUUACUUGCUUGGAAAUGGUUUUAACUAUCUCUGUGUUAGCAGGGUGGAGAGAGAGAGAGCAAUUGCAUGUUUAAAUUGGGCUGAAUUUUUGUGAGGUUGAAUUUUUGUAAGGAAAAACAGCUGUUCUAAGGCAAGUGAAACUGUGAGUGGAAAACCUCUACCUUUUCCUCUUUUGCACACUUUAUCCAGCCUGUUUGUGUCCUUUGUGUUCUUCAUCAGCUAGUGCUGAUUUUUGUUUUUACUGGAAAAGUCCUCUUCAUUGCAUGAUUCUAGUUAAUCGGAUAUACUAUCGAGAACAUGAUGGCAUCUUGGGGCUAUGUAGCCAAUCAGAUUUUACUGUGUGACAAUAUCACUGAGUGCAAAUGGAACCCUCCACUGCCCACACUCUCAAUGGGGAAGGAAGAGGGACUCUGCUCCCAUUGCCCAUCUGGGGUAGAAUGAAUGAUAGAGAUGCAUAUUCAGAGGAGGAUGUAUCCCAUACUGACUGCAUCAUUUCCAAUGGAAUAUUCAUUUGGAUAUGAAUCCAAAUGCACAUGUCGAUCCAUAUCCUGUCCCAACUAGUCAAGUAGGAAGGACUGAAGGAGUGCUCACCUGGUUGCCUCAGCAACAUGGGUGUGUCCCGUUUUCCACAGCUUUUGCAAAGUGAUGCAAAUAUCACCAAGAAAGGGGGAGAGACUUUAAAUGGCGGGAAAGCACAAUAGUCAAUGUUUUUGCAUUCAUUGCUGGAUAUAAUAUAUGUAUAUAUAUAUAUAUGCCACUGUGUAUAGAUUUACAUUUAACAACCUUCUGGAAAAUCUGAAAGAAGAAAUUCUGCAGCUUAGUGUUUAAUUUUGGAGCAGUCAAAGCCCUUAAGGCACAUGGUUUUAGGCUCAGGAUAUUACUAGACGUGGCAGAACCAGCAGGAUACGUUCUUAAUUAAUGAUAUGACUCCUUAGUUUUAAGAAACUGCAUAGGGUACAACCUACUGGGAAGCUCCUUUGGCACCAUUCAUUUCUGUGGGAAUUGUGCAGGAGACAUUCCUGCAAUGGAUUGUGUCUUUGGCUUUCUUUUAAGUAAUAAUCAUUGUAUUGCACAUUUAUAGGACCUGACCCCAGAAAUGAAAAAAUUUGUGGACCAGUUUUCAAGUUCUGAUGGAAAGAUAGGAAUUGUAGAGGUAAGCUAACUGGUUUACUUACUGCCAUUUAAUGAAUUUGUUUAUUCAUGUUGGUCAUAGCUCUGCAGUGAUAUAGGCCUGUCUGCAAAUAUUUGUAUUAUUUGCUUUUGAUGUUUCUUGGGAAAUGGUUUUCUUCAUUUUAUUAUCUUUUAUUAUGAAAUUUAUGAACUUAUCAUCAUUUUAUUAUGAAAACAUUUCAGUGUUUUCAUUCUGAAGUUAUCCAUGUAAACAACAACAACCCAGUUCUUGAUGGCAUUUAAUCUUGAGACUGUUUUGCAUAACAACAACAACAACAACAUAAAUGCAAAAUCAAGCAUGAACAAAAUCAUAACAGAAAACAAGUUAGAAAUAUCAAAGCAGAGACAAAAAGGGGGCAUCUCUUUUUAAGAAAUUCAAAUUGCCAAAAAUGUUUAGCUACUUGAAUAAUAUUUUGUUUAGGCUGACAUUUUCUAAAACUGCUUUUCAAUGGAAACCUCACAGCAAAAACCUUUCUGGUCUGGACUUAAUUUGAGUAAACAACGAUAUGAAGAAUGAUAUUAUUUCAUUUUUGCAGUUUGCUGCAUAUUGCUCAGUGAGGCCUAAACAUGCUUAGGUAUGGCUAGAUCAUGCCCAGUGUGUUGGAUAUGGUUUUGUAUAGCAGUUUCAGCCAUUGACUGGUUAUAUAAUGCCCUUUUUAAAUGUUCAUUGAAACUGAAGUAUAGAAAACAGUAGAUAUUGCUUUGCAAACUAGCUUAGCUUGAUCUUGAAAUUUGCUCGUGUUGUUUAAAAUAACUGUAAAAAUACAAUCUUCACUCGAGAAAGAUGCCAGUCAUUGUGAUAAUAGGCAAGAAAUGAGAGUUCUUGUUUCUAAUUUUGCUCCAAUAACUUAUCACUGGACGCUGGUAGAACCAUACAAGGUUGAUUCUCAAACUUCUCAAUUCUCAAGGUUGAUUCUCACUUGUGAAUGCUCUCAAUAGCCAUUGCUGUCAAUAAGAAAGGUUAAUAGGGACCAAGUAUCAGAUUGCUGAUAUAAAUCUGAAUAUUAGAAUAGCCAUUCAUUGAGAACUAAGAUGUAGACUGUAAAUAAAUGUGGACUUUUGUCCAAGUAGACAUGCAUAGACAUGCAUAGAAUGAAGCUUCACAAGAGUUGUGCAUGUGAAGUCCUAUAAAUACAUUCAUAGAGUGAUGUAUUUGUUUUUAUUGAUUCAACAGUGAAUUAUGAAUCCAAAAGUUCAAGGCAGAUUCAGUAGCUUAUGGUACAGAUAUUUAAAAAGACAGCUCUAGUUGCAAAGCCUCAUCCUUUGAAAAAGGACGAAGGGAACUGGAGAGUCAAAGGGAAGAUAUCCUAUGAAAGAUGAAGGCAAUGAAUCUUCAGGCAACAAGAACCACCCCAUCAGAACUACUAAAAACAAUGUCAGAAGAAGAUUAAUUUAAAGAAAACCAUACAGCAGGAUAAAAGCAGUAAAUAGUAUUAAGAAUCACUUCUUUAGGAGUAAAACCAGUUGAACUCACUGGCACUUACCUCAGUGGGACUUAUCUCUGAGAAAAGAUAAUGAUGUAUAAUUAUGUAAUCUUUAGUACAACCAUCAUUCUUGAUUAGUAAAUAGAAAAUGAGACUGGCAUAAUUUAUUUCCUAGAAUAAAUCACUUAAAUGCAGUUUUAGGAGGGUUAUUUUUGGUGUAGGUUGUAGUUUGCUUUGUUUAGUUUUAAUUUAAAGGAGCAUUUAAGAAUGCAGGCUAGCUCAAUCCUCACUUUCUGUGAUUUUUCUCCUCCUCCAAGGUGGCCCAAGAUACCUUCUGUUUCCAAAAUAUGUUUUCUUGUGAGACAAUAUUUAAGCUUGUUAAAAGGCAAGCUGAAUAGUUUAAGACAUUUUCAGCACUGCUGCUGCUCAAGUUAAAGGAAAUUCUGGGAGCAUCUUCAGGAGCCUGCAUUAGUGUGGUUCCUCCCUGAGCUUUUAUCCAUUGCCCUCGGGCUAAUGUGUAGAAUUUGACAAGCCACUUGUUCUUCUAAAAGGCUCCCCCUCCCAGCACUCCAGCUUAUUUGUUCAAGUCACUGCCUGCACCGAGAUGGGGUUUCAAAAGCCCAUCCUUUCACAUUCUCAACCUGCAAUCAUUCCAUGUUUGAAUGAUUCAAUAGCCCUUUUUCUACUAGGGAAAGGUGGCUGGGUGGUUGGAGGAAGGGAUAUAAUGUUGGAAACAUACCUUUUCCUUGUUUUGCUUUUCUUUUCUUUUUAAAAGGGUGUACACAAACACUAUUUAUCUAUCUAAUCAUUUCACGACAGAACAGAUUGCAAACUAGAGGUUCGUUUAGUAAUCCACAUAAGAAGUAAUUUUUAAAAACUGUUUCACUACAGAACAGAAUAAAUUCCUCUCUAGAAAUAACAUUUUUUUCAUAGCACUUUCACUCCUAAAGGCAGACCUGUAUAAUUCGUAGCCCAUUAGUCAUCCAUGGUACCUAUGUGGUGCUUGGAAACCCUGCCAUUUUUCAGAUACAGCCAAACGGCAAAGCCAUGAGAUUUACUGAUUCCCUACUAGGCUGCCAUGUGGCUAGUUGAUUGCGUAUGGCUUGGUGUGGGUCAUAAGUCGCUAAUAAUCAGUGUCCUUAUUUUUUCUGGGACUGCAGAAAUGAGUGAUAAUUUGUUGAUCUGUAAUACAUGUGUUGGUGGAAAAACUGUUCUACCAAGUGUACCCUUCCAUAAUAUAGGAAGUUGGGUUGUUGUUUUUGUUUUAAACCAGUUCUGUUUAUCCAUCUAGCAUAAUAUUCUGAGUGGCAGCAUCUCUCUCCAGCUCUCGGAUGCCUUUCCAGUUGCCAAAACACAGAAUCCUAUAGACUGGGUAUACUGUAGCUCAGUAUACCCUGUAGCUCAGUAGAAUACCAGUUUUGCAUUGCAUUCAAUCCCUGGCAUCUCUAGUAGGGCUGGGAAAGAAUCCUGCCUGAAACUCUGGAAAGCUGCUGGCAAUCAGUGUAGACAAUAUUGUGCUAGAUGGGCCAAUGGCCUGAUUUGGUAUGAGGCAGCUUACUAGGUUCCUAUGUAAUGAGGAUUGAACCAGAAAGCUCCUCCAUGUGAAAUACGUGCUAUGAUCCACGCCCAGUAAUUGAUUGGCCCAGUUCUCAGCAUUAGAAUCUUAAUUCUGUUGUUCCCUCCAUCUUUUCUUGGUAAUAUUCAAUUAACCUUUUUGGAAUGGGGGGGGAGGGUCAGAAACAUAAGCAAGUGCAGAUCAUAAUUUUAACUUAACAAGGGACAGGAUUUCUCUGUUACUGGUCACCAGUUUGAAUCUAGGCUGGGAUGCAGCUAUUUCCAGAGCAGAUCCAGCACUCAACUUUGGAGUAGUAGCACAGUAACUGAGAAUACCCGGCGACACAACAGGCAACAAUAUAUUGGUGGUAUUUUGGAGGCUUUGAAGGCACACUGUGGUUCCAUUUGGUUCCCUAUUUUCCCCAGUGCCAUUUGGGCCAGUCUCAGUGCCAGCCCUACCAUUAGACAGAGUGAGGCAGCUGGUGCUAAGGAGUGAUGAGCAGACAGAGCUGGGAGCGCAACUCUGUGCUAGCCUGCUGCUCUCUGGUGCAGUGUAGGAUGCUGCGCCAUUGGCGAUGUACAAAUAAGAUUCAAAUGUACAUCUUCUGUACAUUGGAUGUGCAUGGAUGUGUAUGAGUAUGGCAUUUUCCUGUAUUUGACUUGGGCAACACUGUCUUGAGAGGACCUGGCCAGCUUGUGUCCAGAGUGGCAAGGGGGUGGUGUUUUUACUCAGAAGACUCAGGCUGUACAUAGCGUUAUUAACUUCCUGUCACACCGAGAUAACUAUUGCUAUAAUAUUUCAGCUGGAGUUUUGCACUGCAGCUUGGUAAAUGGGGGUGGGCAGCAGCAGAAUCCUGUAAUCUCCAGUAAAAGGUAGAGACUUUUUCUUAAAAGUAAUCUUGGCUGCUGGAUCCAUUUUUCUCAAGCAGAAUUCCAAGAAAUACUGUAUAAAGAGCAAUUUUUAAAAGUCAUAUCCAUACCGAUUUCUAAAACUGCUUCCUUACUGAUGGCAAAAUUGCUGCAGUUGCUGCAUUUUCAUAUAUAAUCACUGUUGCGGGCUGAGAGAGACAUAAAGACAGGUGACUUAAUUAGCAUGGUUUGUUCAGUAAUAUAUGCAUAUAUUACUGAACUCUGUGCAGCUUCUGUGCAAGAACACAUACACAGCAGUGAAGUGUUUGGACUGGGGUCACUUGCAGUAGCACAGAAGCCCCAAUAAACUUUGCAAAAUGUCUGUCUCUCCAUCUAUUUCAUAAACAAUACUGAAUAAGUCAACCCAUGAAGAUUCAUUUCUUUAAAACAGGUGUGGGGAACCUUUAGCCACCCAAAAAUGCUGAACCACAACUCCCUUCAUCCCCGCUUGGGCUGGUGGGAGUUGAAGUUCAGGAAUAUCUGGAUGGCGAAAGGUUCCCUGCACCUGAUUUUAAACAUCCAGAACUGUGAGGGGUGGAUGCAUUUGGAUGUUGUCUUGCGCUUCUGUGCUAGUUCCAGAUUUUGCGGGACCUUUGCUUCAGGGUGACACCCUCCUCCUUUCCUGUGUUGCCACUGGCCAUUUGCUUGCUUCUCCAUGGGGGCCCAAUGGGGACCACCUCCCAGAGUGAGAACCAUGUGUGCAGAGGUUGCUGCUGCUUCUCCUCCUCGCUCCUUUCACUAUUUGCUCAUUCAGAGAGGGCAGGUGAACAUGAAGAAAUGACAAGGUGGAGCAGCAACAGGGCCAAGAGACUCCAUGGGCUGGCAGCAGGGCAGCCAACGUCAGGGAUGGGGAAUGUGACAUAUUGUAACACACCCAUCAUCCUUGGUCAUUGGCCAUGCUAGCUGGGAUUGAAGUAGAACUGGAAUUCAGAAACGUCGCAAGGUCCACGGAUUCCCCAUCCCUACUGGGUGAGGGGCUCAGCAGGUGCCCAGUGAUGCCAAGCUCUGAUACCUUUGGUGGGGCUUCCUCUGUUCUCGUUAAUUUAAUAGAAGGAGAAAACAGGUGUUUUCAGCGGCGUCUCUCCAGUUGUGAAAUGCUCUCCCUGUGGAAGUUCAACCAGCACCAACAAUGUCAACUUUUAAUCACCAGGCCAAAAACAUUUCCUGUUCUCCCAUGUUUUUAAGAUUGUUAUAUGAGAUUAUUUACGGCCUGUUUUGGUGCUCGCCUUUUAGUAGGGUGGGGAAGGAUACUUCUCUACGAUGGUGAAUGAGCACUUUUAGCAUUUCUCUGUUUUUAUUGUUUUGUGUGUGUGUACUUUGUUAUUUUUGUAUUUUAAUUUUUUUUUGUCAAUUUCCCCACCCCCACCCCAGGAAAAGGUGAAAAAAAGAUUGCCAUCUCAUUGCCAGUCAGCAUUCUUUAAAAAUAUAGAUAGAAAGUUGGGCCUUGAUAUCAACCACUGAAAAUGUUCUUAUUAUAUAUCGAUAUAUUUGAGGGAUAAUCAUUAGAUAAAGUGACAUAUUGAUGUGGAAGUAUCCCAAGUCGGCUUAUGCAUUGAUUUUACUAAAACAUUGGUUCACCAGUCUAAUUUGAAGCAGAAAAUUAAAUAUUUUGAAUUCCAGUGUGGCAUUAGAAGGUUGUCAGUUGCCAGAAUGUUUGUUUGCCUGAGUGUUUAGUUCUCUCAAAUCUCAUGUGAAAAGUCAGCAUCCAUUUCAAGUAUUCUUUUAUGUGAAAUAAAACCUCGAGUUUUCUUUCUUUUUUUUAAAAAAUAAAUCUAAAUACCACGCAUUGCAAUUCAGUACUUGGCUUUCAGCGUUUCCCAUUGGUCUGGGCAACUUGAACAGUUCCUUUCUGAAAUACUUAGAAAAGCAUGAGGGUAUUGAGGUUAUGCUUUGAGAAGUGUGCUUAUAAGAAACCCUUUGCAAAGACAACCCUCCAGACAAAGGCAUUCUAUUUCUAGCUCAUCUAAAUGUGUUAAAGCAAGAGCCUGUGGAUUAGGAGACGGGAGCUGGGGACAACUAAGGUCCCAGUGUACUGCAGCCAUGAAGCUCAGGUAAAGGCAAUAAGCGAAGAACUGAACUUGGGGUUGGGACAAGGGAGAAGGUCAAAAGUGACAUAAUUUUAAGUCCAAAUCUCAGAAGUCACUGAAGGACAGUUUUGGACAUGGCACUGAUGGGAGGGAGGAAGGAACAGGAAGUGCAGUGGUCUUGUACUUCCUGUUCCCUUUCAUGUCCAUCCUGUCUGAAAUAGAACAUUCGCACCCUGCAGUCCUGGUGAUGCAGAAAGGAACUCUCGAUUUAGGAACAGUUUGCUGGAUGCGAAAUGUGAAUAUUAUGUUUAUGAGACAGUGGUGCAGUGGAAGAACUACAGGGCACUUCCUUUUCCUCCAUAUCUGUGUCCCAUCAAAAACUGUAAUUUAAAGGGAUUCUUGGAAUGCAGUGAAGAUUCUCCCAAAUAUCACUUUGAUACGGAUAUCUGAAGCUGGUUGAAACCAUUAGACCAUUUCAAAAGAAAGUUUUUGAUCAGGGCUGGCCCACUCCUGAGGCAAGGCAAGGCAAGGCAAGGCAACUGCCUCAGGCAGCAGGGUCCAUGGGGCAACAGAUCCCAAUGUAGAUAUUUAUUUCUCCCCGACCUUUUUCCUGAUAUAGAUCUUCAUUUGCCCCUUCUUCCCUGGAGGAGAGAGGGAGGCACCAUUUUGCGGUUCUCCUCAAAUGCAAAAAUGUAUUGGGCUGGCCUUGCUUUUGAUUGUGCAUCAAACACCAUCCCCGCCCCUGCAUAAUUCAAUGCAAACUAUAUUUUUUAUGCCUUUUCAGCCAUGAAAAUAUAUAGCUGUGAACAGAAGUUACAGGGGGUCAACAGCAGAAGUGCCCUAUUGCAUUCAUGUCCUGCUUGUGGGUUUCUCCUAGAUAUUUGGCUGGUCACUGGGGGGAGCAAAAUGUUGGAUUAGAUAUAUUAUUCAUAUACUCUUACAUUAUUUGAAAAAAAAAUAUGAAUAUUGUGACAAAAUUCAGGUUUAUUCAAGGAAAACAUGCAGCAGUUUUAAAGUUCUGCAGCAGCUUGCAGACAAAAGUGGAAUGGAAGAACGUCUUCCACUGAAGACUGUCUGCAAAUAUUAUAGAUUGAACUUCUGCUUCCUUCCUUUGGCAGCAUAAUUACCUAGAAUAUUUCAAAGUUUCAGUUUAUCGUGCAACAGUUUGUUUCAAUGUGGUAUGCACAGAAAAUCCUGGUGGAGUAUACUUGGUAUUUACAGACCAUUGAUAAAUAUGCAAGUUAUUUGAAUUUUUAAAACAUUUUUUCUCUCCUAAAGCCUUAUAAUGUAUUACAUUUAUUUGACGAACAAUUGAUUUAAUUCAGUCUUAAAUCUUUUACAGCUUGCUCAGAUAUUACCAACGGAAGAAAACUUCCUCUUAUUCUUUAGGUGCCAGCAGCUGAAAUCAAGUGAAGACUUCAUGCAGGUAAUCUAUAUAAAUUUUUGCAUUUUGUAAAAUUAAAUUGCCAGGUUGAAAGAAAUGUUUUUGGUUGUGCUUGAUUUGGUUUUAAUGGCUAACUUCUCAAUUCCAGACAUGGAGAAAAUAUGAUAGUGACCAUAGUGGCUAUAUUGAUGCUGAAGAACUUAAGGUAAGAAGCUAUCUAUGUUUAUUUAUUAAUAUGCAUUUCCUGCCCCACUCCAAAGGUUUUUUUCCAGGGGUGGCGGCAGAAUAAAUUGCAAGAACAGAAAGACAUAGCAAAACAUACAAUAUAUUAAAGAAAUUUGGUGUGGUUUUUUAAAAACCCUUUCCUGACUUAACUGUUGAGCCCCUCCAAAUGGCCCUGGCUGUUUUGCAGUGUUUCUUAAGGUGCUCAGGAUCUGGGCAGUUCGGCAGAGAGUUCAAGUUCCCUUAUUGUGGUGAUAGUGGUGGGGACCCACAAAGCAUGCAUCUUUUUGUAUCUUUGCUUUUGUAACGUGAUAUAUGGCUGGUGUCAUUAAUAAGAGGCACUUUCAGAGGAUCAGAAAGAUGCAUGGGAAGAAGCUGUCUCCAAGGAAUUCUGGGUCGAAGCUAUUCAAAUUUGAGGGCUACACAACCCAAUGCAGUCUUAAUACUGCGUUAUUCCCAUUCCAGUGAUACAAAACCGUGAAUGUUUAAAGACGACAGGAAUCAGUGUUGCAAAACAAUAACUCACAUACCUCUGUAUCAUUUUUUUUUUAAGCAUUGGAGUUUUUGUCAAUUUACUCCCUUCCUCCUGGUAUCCACAGCCAUCUUUCCCAUUGGGUUUACUGGAGCGUUGCACCAGGGCGCCAGCCUCUCAGGGGCGCCCCAGUGAGUGGGGGAGCUGCACGACUUUGCUGGUGGCCUCCCCUUUCCCUCCUGCACGCCUGCCAGCUGCGCCCCGUCAACGAUAUGGCUGGUGGGCAUGCAGCUUGCCUCCCAAGCCCCCGCAGGAGGAGAGCAAUCCCCACAGAGGCUUGGGAAAAGGUUGACAACUCUGGGAAACAGGAGGUGGGGUGCUGGAGGAAUCUUUGCACCACUGCGUCAGAUAUGCUUAAGACGGCCCUGCUGGUAUCAUCAUCAUUAACUGUUCUAGACUAUCCCACUGCAGACCACAGAUGGGGAUUAUAUGAUUGAGUAGUCACCACUGCAGAGGUGGAUGGGUAGUAGCUAACUAGCAAGCUAAACACUGUGCUAGCCUUCUCUCUGCCUGGCUAGUUUCUAUGCAUAGAGAAAUCAUUUAAUCAUGUCAUAUGACAAAUUAGGGAUGCAGGUGGCAUUGUGGUCUAAACCACUGAGCCUCUUGGGCUUGCCAAUCAGAAGGUCGGUGGUUCGAAUCUGCACAAUGGAGUGAGCUACCGUUGCUCUGUACCAAGUCCUGACUAACCUAGCAGUUCGAAUGCACGCCAGUGCAAGUAGAUUAAAUAGGUACCGCUACAGUGGGAAGGUAAACGGCAUUUCUGUGCACUCUGGCUUCUGUCAUGGUGUUCCAUUGCAUCAGAAGCAGUUUAGUCAUGCUGGCCACAUGACCCAGAAAGCUGUGUCUGGAUAAAUGCCGGCUCCCUCGGCCUGAAAACGAGAUGAGUGCAUAGUCGCCUUUGACUGGACUUAACUGUCCAGGGUUCCUUUACCUUUACCUUCCCUAUAAUGACAAAUUGACAAAAUGAUUCCUCUAGCUAGCAGGAUCAUUGGCCAGGAAUGAUGGGAGUUGUGGUCCAAAAAUGUCUGGGGACCCAAGGUUGAGAAAGGCUGAUCUAGAGAGUCUUGAGCUACAAGCUGGCUGGCUGGCUGGCUGCCCAAUAUUUGGAAAAUUAUUCACUGAUGGUCUAGGAAAAUUCCUGUUGAUUAUCCCAGAGUUUUCUGGAUAUUUUGAUACAAACCAAUGUGGACUGCAUAGUUGUCAGAAGAAGGCAGCGAAAGCCUAUAGCUCACUAUGAAGCACCUCCUUUGUGUGUGUGCGCAAGGUCCCUGGCAACUCCAGUUGAAAGGAUCUUGGGAAGCAGUGCUAAGGGCUUGAGAUGUGGGAAGUGCUGCUGUAAGGCCAACAAUCUUGGACUAAUAGUCUAAGCUUGACCAAGGAAACUUCAUAUAUCCGCUGAGGUUGCCUACAGGCUGCUUGGAGCAGCUCAAGGCCUGGGAAACUACUCUGGCUUGAUGCCAGUGUGGGCUUAAUACUUCCCCAACCAGCUACUCUCAAGAUGUUUUGAGCUAUAGCCGCCCCUGCCCAUUGUCUAUGUCGCUGGGAGCUGACAUCUAAACCAUCUGGAAGACCCCAGGUUGGGGAAUGCUGGCGCAAAAUUUCGAAUGGGCAGUUGCCAGAAGAGCACAACUCAGCUGUCUGAUGGGUAAAUUCUGCACUCACUGAAUGCUCUUAAAGAUUUAAAUCUGCCUGCCCCACCUCCACUGACUGGCCUGGUUUUAAAACUGUUAUUAGACUGGCUGCUCUUUUUCUCUUGUGAAGAAGAAAGCAGCUGGAACAUGGCAGUGAAGCAAAUCCACGCUGACAAGCCUUUCUUGAGGAAUGGCUUUGUGGGAAUCACUGCUUACUUGUUCCACCAGCUUCGUGCUACAACGUGGGCCUUAUUACCCCCCCCACCAAAUCAAUCUCUGCUCCAUUUAGUGCAAGACUCUCCACCCCCAACUAUCAGAACAAGCAGAAGAUCUGGUCUGAAAUAGGAAAAGUAGCAAUACUCCAAAGAAUAAUAUUAAGAGGUUAGAACAGGUGUGUGUGCUUGAGAGAGAGAUACUUCCAGGCAGUAGACAUUUGCAAUUCCCCAGCUCUCUAGACUUCUUGCUUAAUAAGGAUUUUAAAUGUCAUUAUGAACUAGGACAAUUGACUGGUCUCCUGGGAAAACAAGUGUCAUUUCCUAGAUGAAAAACUGUAUUUUUUCAAAGGUCAGCAAAGCAACUUACUGCCUUCCUUCGGUUUUAUUGUCUUUUUUUUACACUUACCACUCGUGUUUGCUUUCUUCCAGAGUUUUUUGAAAGACCUAUUGCAGAAAGCAAACAAGCAGAUUGAGGAUACAAAGCUGUCAGAAUAUACAGACAUCAUGGUAAGAGUAGGAAGCUAUUUCGUUCAGGGAACUUAGCUCCCUGUCUACAUAUUAAGGCGUAUCUGUUCCAGAAGCUAGGAUCUUCUCUCAUUACUGUAUUUCCCCCAUCCCUUAUUUGAAUUAUGAACUAGCUUGCUGCAUAGGCUUCACAGAUACCAAGUAGCAAAAGGAGACUCCCAUAGAUAUACCAUAAUUCGAAGGAAUAUAGAGGUAUGGCUGCAAUGUAGCCUUAAUUCAUUUCAACGAAGUGUGUGCAAGUUCUCAUACACUUGAGACAGGAGUUGUGUUGUUAGAUUGAAACUCAGGAGUUUGGACAAUGCCUUACACUGAAUUUACAUGAAGCAGCUUCCUAGGUUCUAGUAAUAUAUUUGGCACACGUUCAGUGUCCUGGUUAAAUCUUGACAUAAUGGCCUUAAGACAGAUUGCUUUUGCAAAAUCACAAUACUUCUCUUGUAUUGCAUGUGAAUGUCUGGCUGGUUUUGUUACGAGGACAAAAAAAGAGAGGCAAAUUUAAUAGAUUUAUUAAAUCGGCACAUUAUUGUUUGACUGUGAUAUUUAUGAUCUCCGUCCCUUCUUUUAUUGCAUAUGAAAUGUUUUGACAUGUGCUUAAGGUGUCUCAGUUUUUUAAAAAAUGGUAAGACAACGAAGAUGGACUAUUCCAAAUCAAAAUACAGUGGACCCUCCAGAUACGAUCUUAAUUCGUUCUGGGGGUCCCUCCACAACCUGAAAAGUCCGUAUCCGGAGGCACUGCUUCUGCGAAUGCGCACGCGCUGAAACCCGGAAGUAUACACUUCCGGGUUUGCCACGUUCGCAACCCUAAAUUUAUGUAUCCAGAGGGAUACAUAAGUUGAGGUACAACUGUAAUAGAUUGGAUCCAAAAGUGCCCUUCUGUGAACCAAAUAGCUUUGGAUGCAGCAGAGGCUUCCAUUAAUGGUGGAGGGGAAACAUAGGAAAUCUGUUUGUAUACCAAGUCAGAUCAUUGGUCUAUCCAGCUCAGUAUUGUCUACAAUGAUUGGUUGUGGCUCUCCAAUGAGCUACAAUCCUUCCCCAGAUAGUAAAUAGCUGCCACUUCCUUUUGUUGCUCACUCCACCAUCUUCCAUGCUUUUCUGGAGGACUCGUCAACCUUUCAAAACAGAUUUUCUGGGGACAUAGGCAGAAGCCAAGAGCAGGGCUUUACUCAAUGAACUUUGGAUCCAGCCCAAUGAAGAGAGUUACAAAAGCAGUCAUAGGGUGAAAGCACAUUUGAGGAACCCUAACUGUAAAAUGACCACAGAAACAAGGCCUUUUUUAAAAUACCCAUCUGUCUCUUAGAGGCCAAUUCAGGCAUUAAGAGACAGGUGACGAUGUUAACUGUUUUUGGUUGUUGUUUAUUGCUGGUAUUGGAGAGAAAAAAUGUUCAUACAACCCCUCCCUUUUCAGCUCAAGAUGUUUGAUGAAAACAAUGAUGGGAAACUGGAACUGACUGAAAUGGCCAGGUAUGUAUUCUUCUAAGAGGGUGAGGGAAUGAAAUGAGCACCAAUCAGCAGAUGAAACGAGAGGGGGAAAUGGCAACAUGUGGCUGAGAAGCAGUUUCUAUGAACUGCAAAAAUUUGGGCUAGAAACCUCUCUUCUUCACAGUGUUCAACCCUUUCAUUACAAACACGAAUCCUGUAUUGUAGAAAGAAAAUGUGCUGAAUAUAUAUAUAUAUUUGUUGUAUGUUGCUUAUCAAAGCAGUUUACAAAGCAUAUUGCAUUUCACCCCUUAAAAUACAACCCACAAGUGAAUUAAAUAAAUAAAAUUUAAGGAAAAGUUUGAAUGGGACAAGCAGCCUACAAAGAAGGAUUUUACAUGAAAAAAUGUCCUGGGGUUUUGCAGCUCACUUUAGUAAACCAUUUCCCAGUCAGCUGUCAAGGUCAUCUCCUCUCUCGUUUCUUGAAAAGGUUUGCCUUUAUACAUUUUCCAGAUAUGCAAUUCAAGUUCCUACUGUAACUACUCAGCAAUUGUUCUGACUUCUGCUUGUGUUUUUCUCCAAAGAUUACUCCCAGUACAGGAAAACUUUCUGCUUAAAUUUCAGGUAUGUAACACGAUACUCCUAAAAGUUUGAACACGCAUAAUAUAAAUUAUAUGUGUGAGUAGUGAUCCAAACCACUACUGUUCUAAUACCUGUUUUCUGUUUUAAAAUUAGGGUGUCAAAAUGUGUGGGAAGGAAUUUAAUAAAGCCUUUGAUACAUUUGAUUCAGUAAGUAGACUACCUACAAUAUUUAGAACUCAUUUUUAUUUUUAAAAGAUCUCUGACCUUACGUGUUCUGCAAGACAAAACAAUGUAGCUGAAAGCAGCUGAAAGCAAAGUUAUAAUUGCUCGUGUCUUUUGUUUUCAGGAUGGGAAUGGCUACAUAGAUGAACAAGAAUUAGAUGCUUUGCUGAAAGAUCUCUGUGAAAAGAACAAAACGGUAAUUCUAAUUUUAUUCCCAUUAAAAGUGCACUUAAACACUGCCCUCCCCCAUCUAGUCAGUUAAGGUAGUUGCUCUGAAUUCAGUAUAUUUCAGUUUCUGGAUACAACAGGAAGAUAGGGUUGCCAUAUUUCAAAAAGAUAAAAACAGGAAAACCGCAAGUCAUUGAGAAAUCAAGAAAACAUAAUUUUUCAAUUAGCUUGUCUAAAAUUCAGGACAAAGCGCCACCUUUCAGAGAUCCCCCCCCCCCAAGAUAUCAAUUCCCCCUUUGAAAUCCUGGUAUUAUCCUGGAAAAUCCAGAUGUAUUGCAGUCCUACAGGAAGGUGUACAGAUAACUCUAAUUUCACGUACCUGCCAUGUGCUCUGGAAAAAAAUACACUUUCCAUUUUUUCGCACAAGAUCAAGGCAGCCAUUUUGAGUGCCACACAAGAUCUCACCCUGAAAAAAGUGUUUGGGGGGGUGAGAGUGAGGCGUGGGUCAUGUGACUCGCCCAGGGUUUCAAAAGUUGGAUGGUAUGAUAUCAUAGGAAGCUACUUUCUGCUGAGUCAGGCCAUUAGCUCAGCCUUGUAUACACUGACUAGCCGUGGCUUCCCAGGAUCUCAGCCAUACCUGGAGACACCAACAACUGGCUAGGACCUUAUGGAUGCAAAACAGAUGCUCUCUUUCUGAGUUACAGCCCUUUCUCCUAUCAAACAGCAGUAGUUUUACUCCCAAGUUAUUUCCUAUUUCAGUGGGCAACUGUUAUCAUCCCUCUGACCUUUGUCUGCAGGCAGAGUAGAAAAAACACUACUUAUCUUAUGCCUUUCUUUGUAUUAAGUGGACACUGAUGAUACUGCUUCAGAAAAAGGGACAUUUUACUACCUGGUUUUGCUCAGUACAGAAUUAGUUCCCCUUCUCCCAAACCACUGGCACCAUCUCUUUCAAGCAGCCCAGACGAUAUAGCACAUGAGCGGAUUAUAGCAACGAACAAGCUUACAGUUAAAAUAUUUUGAGGCAGAGUGAUGCAGUCCUUAAUGGCAGGACUCCAAGCUGACCUUCAUACCUGCAUGCUUACAGAGGAGCAGAUUUUCCAGAGUGUGACUCCACAGUGCUGUGGAGCGAUACCUUAGCCAUAUGGAUUGGGGCUGCUGUAUGGGAUUUCCCCCCUUGAUUGGCACUUUGCUGAAAGAAAGGACACCAGUCGUGGGAGGCAGGAAGUCAGAUACCAUUGGCCCUGCAUAGGUGGUUGCAUAAUUUACUCAUGUGUGCAGACCAUCCGUAGAACUGUCUAGCCAACACUCUCAAAACCAUUUUUGUUCUCAUCCAUACUGAAAGUGCAUGCGCUUGGGCUCUGCUGUUUUUUCUCGUGUAGAAGUAACACUUUAUGUACCCAUGUUAGUAACUGAACUGGGUUAUAAAGCAUUCUCUCUCUCUCUCUCUUAAAAAAUCCUCACAGGAAUUAGACAUUAACCACAUUGCAACAUACAAGAAAAACAUCAUGGCCUUGUCCGACGGAGGAAAGCUUUACCGAACAGAACUUGCUCUCAUUCUCUCUGCUGAUGGGAAUUAG